AUGGAGGCAGACUUCCGAGAUCUGCUGGUGCCGCCACCUGAGCCGCCUGAAAUCUCGAACAUCAACAAUGUGCUCUCCAUUCAGCCCCUGCCGCAAGCCUCUCUUGCUGCCGAUGACUAUCUGGAUGAGGGUGACGACAUAGACGUGGUGGGCCACCAGGAACAAGACGAGGAGCUCGAGGUUUCGGACGCCGACUCCGACGACUUCCGCCUGAAAGCCGACAUUGCCAAGCUCGAUGCCGACGUCGCUGCCUUCAAGGCCUCCAUGGCUGCCGAGUCAUCGGAUGAGGAUGAGGAUGUUCUGGACCCACGACUGGCUAUGGGCUCAGGCCUGCCUCGUAAGCGGAAGGCCAAGCGGCCGAGGCUGGACAUUGCGCCGGGAUCCAAACGCCGUACGGCCGUCCUCAAAGGCAGCAACAUUGCCGCCCCUUCUGCAGACAUCAUGGUACAGCUGUCCAAGGCAUCCGAUGCCUGGGGCCAUGCGCGCUUCGAGGAGGCGCUGGAGAUCACCCUGGAGAUCAUCCGGGUCAACGCGGAGACCUGGGACGCGUGGGUCAUGCUGUCGUCCAUCUACGAGGAGACAGGGCGGAUGACCGAGGCAAUCAUGGCCAAGUGCUUCGCUGCGCAUCUGCGGCCCAGGGACUUCGACGGGUGGAUGAACUGUGCGUCCUACGCUCUCGACGACGUCACGCCGGGGCAGCGCGAGACCAACCUCGGCACCGCGCAGCUGUGUUACUCCGCCGCCAUCAGGGCCAACCCCAAGAGCCUCAAGGCUCGCGUCGGCAAGGCGAACUGCGCGCUGGAGGCGGGGAACUCGAACGUCGCCGCCGCGGAGUACUCCAAGGUGCUGAAGAGGAGGCCGUACGACAUGGUCCUGCUGCGAAACAUGGCGGAGGCGGCGUUCGACGCGAGGAAUGCCAAGAGAUACGUCGAGCAGGCUAGGGGAUACUACGAGAACUUGAUCAAGUGGACUCGUUCUGGCGGGCAGCCCUUGAGGGGGAGUUUUGAGUGGUCGGAUGUCAUCAUCUUUGUCGAGAUGUGUGCGUUCCUGGAGAAGUACUCCGAUGCCGCAUUGGCUCUGCGGUCCCUGGCGCGGAUGCUGAUUGGCAGGGCGGCCGAGGAGUUCUGGGACAGGUAUGAAGACGACCGGGAAUGGGACCAGGAGGAGGACCGCCGUAAGGAGGUCGCUGAAUACGAUCCCAACAAAUAUCCACAUGAAAUGUAUGGACCGGCGCUGCCACUGGACCUUCGAGCCAAGCUGUCCAUUCUACGACUCAAGCUCCAGCAGGAAGAGGAGGCUACCCGGCACAUGCAGUGGCUAAACCCUCAGGAUGCAGACAUCUACACCAUCUUCAUGGAUACCCCUUUCGUCAUCAAGGAUCUGGCAAAUGAGCUCUUUGAGGCUCGGAGGAUCACAACCGCUCUGGAGUUUUACGACUUGUACCGGCGGUUGACAGGAGACCUCGAUGCAGAAAUACUUGUCCAACAAGGGAAAUGCCACCUAGAAAUGGAGGACCAGGCCACGGCGGAGGAGUGCUUUAUCGCCGCGAUUGAGAUCGACGACGACAAUAUUGAAGCGCGGUACGAGCUCGCCCAGAUGUAUGAGACGAAUCAGGAGCAAGAAGAGGCCUUCCUUCUCGUGAACGAGGCUCUGCAGCUCGAGCGCGACCAAAAGCGAGAUGCUCGGAACAAUGGUGAAGAGGACGGGGGCGAGCAGACAAAGACGAGACAAAAGAGAGUCCGACAGAAAGUCCUUCGCGACAGGGCCGCCAGGCCGAAGCGCGCGAGGCGUGUGUACAUCCGCCGCAUGGCGAACAAGGCGCAGCGGGAGAAGUACGAGGAGAGCGUCACCAAUAACUUCAAGGAGAAAUACCAGCGGGUGUUGGAUCUGCGUGAGCAGGUGAAAAGCGGAAACAGGGACGCCGAGGACGAGUGGAUGACGGCGGCUCAGGACUUGGUCGAUGACUUCCGGUCUUUCAAAGAGUUCUACCCCUGGGACAAGUACCUCAACUUCAUGGGGUAUGGGUCAUUCUUCCAGGAGAACAGAAGGAAGAGAGAGCAGCUGCAACAGCAACAGCAGGAGCAGGAAACGCAACAGCGGGAGGAGGCCGACGGUGACCAGGAUGCGGCGGAUACCGCUGAGCCGAACAAUGAGCUCGAGGCUAUGGCGGAGCGAUUGCAGCAGAACCUGGCGCCUGAUGAAGGUGAUGGCUCCUUGCAGCCCACCUUGAAGCGCAGUGAGCAUCGCGGCAUCCCCUUCGACGAGUGGCUCGACCUCUUCCUCGAGUACGCUAUCAGCCUGGCCAGACACCAAAAGGCAAAGGAAGCCUACCUCGUCUGCCAGUCGGCUCGCGAUUCCAUCGUCUACAAGUCCAGCGACAACACCUUCCUCAUCCACGUGGCAUGGGCCGCGUGCGCGGUGUACGCGGCGGACGAGGAGACGUGCGUGGCGGUGGCGCGGUUCUUCAUGCGCAACAACGUAGCUGCUACGGAUAGCUACCGUGUGUUCAGCGCGCUGUGCCGCGUGUGCCAGUCGCCCGUGUCAUGGUACGCGAGCGGGCCGGCGCAAAAGUACAUCCUGCGGCAGAUCAAGGCGAUGGACCGGACGCUGCUCCCGCACGACAUCGCCGAGUCGGCGAUGGGGACGUGGGACCGGGCGAUCCCGCGGGAGGAGGGCCAGGGCCCCCGCCACGAGGCGCUGGACGUGGCGCUGCUGAUGCUGUACGGGCACAUCCUGCUGACGAGCACGAGCUACACGUACGCGCUCAACUACUUCCUGCGGGCGGCGGCGCUGGACCCGGGCAACCCGAUGGUCAACCUCAGCACGGGCAUCGCGUACGUGCACUACGCCAUGAAGCGCCAGGCCGAGAACAGGCAGUUCAUCAUCGCGCAGGGCAUGCACUACAUGUUCGAGUACUACGGCGCCCGGUCCGGCUCGGCCGACGUCGUCGAGCGCCUCGAGGCCCAUUACAACGUCGCGCGGUGCUACCACCUGCUGGGCAUCUACCACCUUGCCGUCGAGUUCUACGGCCGCGCCCUCACCGAGGCGAGGGAGCACCGGGAGAAGAACGGGGGCGGCGGGGACGGCAAUGAGGGGAUGAUCAAGGACUUUGUGUACGAGUCUGCCGUCAACCUGAGGACGUACUCGCUCACGAAUGGGGACUAUGAGAGUGCCAGGGCGUUGACGGAAGGGUGGCUGGUUUUGUGA